ACAUUUCCUGUCUUAGGAUAUUUAUUACUGUAGAAAUCAUUUCGUGUGUGUGUGUACAAGCGCAUGGGCGGGAUCUGUUAUGUUUAGAUACUCCUAGUCAUUAUCACUUUUAUCAUUUUAUCCUUAUCGAAACAGGAAAAUCUGAUUUUUUUGUAGAUGUCCUUGCUGCGAACAGUUAAUCUAAUGUGCGUGGUAAGAAACGUAACUCUCAAUCAAAAUUAAGCGCAUGCGCAAUGUUGCGAACGUAAAGGCUAUGGCGACUGUCUGAGAAUGUGUUGUCUGUAACAGUGUUACAGCAUUGGCUUCCCUCACGGGGUUUCUUUCUUUGAGGUCAUCAGCAUUUCAGUCUUUGAAAGAUGGGAUCGGAGUUUACUCCAGAAAUGAUAACUUCUCUGAAGGGAAAAGUGUAUGUUGCUGCUAGAGAUGGAAUGGCCAUCAGUAUUUUUGCAAUGCUCUGGAACUUAGAUCGGCAUAUCGUCAAUGAUGUUCUGGAACACCAUACGGAAGAAGAUGGUCAGCGUACAACCCCACUUAUCAUUGCCUCAAGGAAUGGGGAGGAAAAAGUCGUGCAAGUACUGCUGAGUAAUUUUAGCGUGAAUAUCGAACAGAGUGGUGUUGUGAAAUUCGAUGGCUACGUCAUUGAAGGAGCUACGGCUCUGUGGUGUGCAGCUGGUGCAGGACAUUUCGGUGUCGUGAAAUGCCUGAUUGAACACGGAGCAGAUGUCAAUCAUCCGACACAGACUAACUCAACUCCGCUUCGUGCAGCUUGUUUCGAUGGUAGGUUAGACAUUGUGCGUUACUUAAUCGACCACCAUGCUGAUUUGACAAUUGCAAACAAAUAUAACAAUACUUGUCUGAUGAUAUCUUGUUACAAGGGUCACAAGGAAGUGGUAACAUACCUUCUUGAAAAAGGUGCCAACCCAGAUUGUAAAGCACACUGUGGGGCAACAGCUUUACAUUUCUCGUCAGAGUGUGGUCAUGUGGAAAUUGUGAAAGAAUUGAUUCGUUUUGGUGCAUCAAUGCUAAAAAAUGAUCAUAACAUGACACCACUGACCAUAGCAGCAGAAUGUGGAAAAGAAGAAGUUGUAGAAUAUCUCAUAUCCCUUCCAGACUGUACUAGAGAGGAGAAAAUUGAUGCUCUGGAACUUCUUGGGGCUUCUUUUGCAAAUGACAAAGAAAACUACAAUCUUCAGAAGGCAUAUCACUAUCUUCACUUAGCAAUGAUUGAAAGGUAUAGAGAUCCCCGCAGAAUAAUUAAAAAACCAAAGUAUUUACCUGUUCCUGCAUAUGAAAACCAUAUAGAGUGUCAGACACUUUCAGAACUUGAAGGCAUUGAGCACAAAAGUGGUAGUAUCCAUAUGGAAUCAUUAACAAUUAGAGAACGAAUUCUUGGUCCUGAUAACCCAGAGGUUCCGCAUCCAAUAAUAUUCAGAGGUGCUGUCUUUGCAGAUAGUGCACGAUUUGAUCGGUGUAUAGCUUUAUGGUUACAUGCCAUGGAACUACGUCAACGGAAUAAUCGCACUAUAUCAAAGGAUUUACUACGUUUUUCUCAAGUAUUUUCACAAAUGGUACAUCUGGGAGUGCAGCUUGAUUUUGUGCAUGUUGAGGGAGUAUUUAGUCAUGCAGUGAUGGAGCUUGAACGUGAUAUGCAGAGAGCUCAUAGAGAUGAUGAUGAUAAAGAUACAAUGACAGAAAUAUACCAGGCCAACAUACAUACUUGUCUGUAUCUUUUGGUUAUUGCCAUCAAGAUUUUUAAGUCAAGGGAAGAGGUUGAACGUUUGCAUCGCUUAGUCUAUCUGUUUUUAAAACAGCGGCCUGCACUCAAGAAUGGCUAUACACCAUUGCACAUGGCAGUGGACAGUGCUACACUUGUAGAUGAUUUUCAUGUCAAUGAUAUAGUGAAGUUUCCAAAUUAUCAUUUGGCUAUCAUGUUGGUUGAUUGUGGGGCAGAUGUCAAUGCACGUGAUCAGCGAGGCAAUACACCAUUGCAUAUCAUUGUUCGUUACUCAGAGCCCAUCAGUGACUUUGAAACUUUGCUGCAGAUCAUGCUUGUAUUGAUUAAAGGUGGAGCUCAUAUGGACAUAUGCAAUCAUGAACGCAGGACGCCAGUACAGUGCACAACAACAGGGGUAGCAGAGGUUAUACUGAGACAACAUAACCAACUGUCAUUGAAAUGUCUUGCAGCUAGAAUUGUCAGAGAGCACAAUAUCCCAUUUCAAUCAUAUGUACCGCCAUUUUUAGAAGAUUUUAUACAAAUGCACUGACAAUACAAAUUUUAGUUUCGAGCAGGAUAAACAUUGGUCAUAAUUUACAUGGUGCACAAUCCAUAAACUUGAGGCCAAUAAAAUUAUAGAGGAGUCCCUUAUACAUGACUGUUAACAUCACAUAAGAUAUUCAUGAAAUUUACUUACUUUCUUUGUAAAGUAAGAAAUUCCUUUACUUUGCAUCCAUUUUACCAGUUGACCUGAUUGCUGAGCAUAAGAUCAAAGAGUUCUAUUCAGGAAUCAAAAUCAAAGAUUUUAAACUUCAAGUUUUUUGGGGGAUUGUACCAUUAACACCAAAAACCAUGGCAUACUUUGGUUUUUGUAAUGGUGAUGAUGGUAUAAGCAGUGAUGACAUGAUGUGCCAAAAGAUUACACAAUAGGACAUAAGUACAGCAUAAUUUUUUUUUCCCUGAGUGUGUUAUUUUCAGUUCUUUAUAUCAGCCUGGAAAUAGAUCAUUAUAUUGAUAACAUAAUGAUCUUCCUGCUGUGUAACUGAAAUUUAUGUAUCUCAGUUUUUGUGCAUUAAUUAGAUGAUUGUGACACAACUGAUGAUGAAGAACGUAAUAUAUCUCUAAAGUACAAGAAUCUUAAGAUGAUUUCUUAACAUUCAGUGAGACAGACCCUGGUUUGUUUGUUGAUAAAUAAUAAUAAUAACAAUAAUGAGGAUUUAUAUAGCGCCUUUCCAAAAAUUUUCUCAUAGUGGUUUACAUAAAUCAUACAUAGACUAAAUUAUCAGCAACCAACACGCUAACUUAUCAGUAACCAACACGCUUGCUUCUACAACAUUCUCUCAUACACGAAAUAAAUUACAGACACAUGCUCAUAAUAAGGAGAGGGUCAUAGUGAAGUAAUUUAUACAGCUGAGUGAAAAGUUAUUUGCCUAUGGUAACCUUUUCACAUUGUCAUAAAAUGCAAGCACAAAAUCUUAAUGUUAAAAAAGUCAAGCUUUAGUCAAUGGAAAACAUAAGGAGACAAAUUCUGCUAUGGUCUCCUGUUUUAAGUAUGAUUGAAAGCAGCUAUUUAUCUCUGUAUUAGAAUCCAUGGUCUUUGUAAUUAUAAUAAACUAAUAAGUUUUUUCCUAUUUACAUCAAAAGAUUGGACUCUUCUGUCUUUUCUGUAUCUUCAUUUAAAUCAAAUGUGUAUAAUAGUCUGGCUUUCUAGUCAGUUUACUUGUGAAAAAGUCUAGGGUUUGCAGAAACUAUGUAGGUUAUCAUGCAUGUAGCACAGGGGUGGACAGAGUACGGCCCACAGACCAUCUGAAUUGACAUUAUGAAUAACAAUAACACUAGUGAGUAGCAGAAAGACUGUUUAGUUAAGACUGACAUUUUAUUUUGUUUUAAAAAUAAAUAUUAAACCUUAAAGAUGCACCCGAUCAACUUAUUUUUGAACCAGCCAUUUACACAAUUGACUUGGCUGUAGGUAUAUCAUAAUCAUAUGCACCCUUCAUACUUUGCUACUCUUAAUGUUAUUGCUUAGUUCAGGCGUGCACAUGUUUCUUAAUCUCAGUGGUAGAUAUUUCAUUACCAAAUUAACUAUGCUGGGUGCUAAAUCUAUAAAUUAUUUUGCAUGACUAUUGAAUAAGGGUUUAUGAGCUAUAUACUUUUUACUGGGGUAAUGAUAACUACAGAUUCUCUUCUUUGCAAACAUUUUUACUUCUCAUUUAAGUUUUAUUUUGCUGGUAUUUUUCUAGUCUCUGCUGCCAAAUAAUACUUUAUAAAUUUAUGAACCAAUUAAUGUUCGUAAAUUAACACAGAUAGCAAUGAUAUAGUGCAUUUAUUUCAAAGUGAUCACAGUUUUAAAGUCAUUUUAUUUGCUUGGUUGAUUCCGUUCUGAUACAUAGGUACACAUAAUAAUUCCCUGCUAGAUUUUCAUGUUCAGUCCAUUCAUCAGUAAACUAAAAACUACAUUAAAAAAUUAAGAUACUUUAUACUAAUUCACUGUACACCGUAAAGUGUAAAGUAGACACUAAAAAAAUGGUUUUCUCUUCAAUCAGCUUAUCCUUUAAUCAUCUUAAGGUGUGCCAUUACCUUCUCUUUGAUACUUAAAGAUAAAACUUAGUGUGUGAAAAUGUCACUGUAGAGUAUGAUAAUUUGGAAAAAUACUUACAUGAUUGAUAAAAGUUCUAGUUUUGAAAUGAUUUGUGCUAAGUGGUUACUUUUUAAAAAAAAUCAGAGCAGUGUUUUCAUGAUUUGAUGAAAUUAGCUUAUUGUUGAAGGACUGGUUUCAGUAGGUGCAGAACUCAGUAGGACAUUGCAUUUCUUUAUGGGUGCACCUGCUGCUUUUCUUCUCUUGCCCAUCUCGUCAAGUUGUCACCAUCUUACACCUUUCUAGAAACAUGCACAUGAAGACAUAACCAAUAGUUUUGUUUUUAACUUAAUAAAGCAAUUUCCUUUUCAUUAUUGUAAAUUGUAUCUUUAUUUUAAACAUUUUUAGAAAAUUGUCAGCAUGUCUUUCAUAAAAACAAAAAUUCAAAAUUAGCAUUUGUGGAUGCAAUCUGUCUAGAAAUAACUUUUAACUGCUGUACUGAUGUGACAGUUUUAAAAGCAGGUGUAGUCUUCCCUGCCUUGGACAAAGGUCUUUAACUUCUUCACUUGCUGAAAAUGCUCUUCAGAAUUUUUAAUGAAUUUGUAUUUCUCACUUUAUGUGCAGUGUGAUAUGUGUGUAUGUAUCUUUGUGGGUGUUUACUUGACAUAACUUUCUUAUCUGGGAGAUGUAUUUUGGUUUGUAAACAUUUUCUCUGCAUAUCCAAAACAAUAUGUAAUGAUGAAAUUUCCUGCACGUCUAAUGUUGCAGCUUGUGACUAUGGGUAUAGUUGAUGGACUGAUAGCAGAAUCAGCAUGAUAAUUUGCACGAUCUUGCAUGAGCUUUGAAGAUGUAGAAAAAUGUUGGGCUGUUACAUGAUAAACAUUUUUGUUUUUAUUUACUGUCAGUUUCAGGAGGAUGUAAAUGUUUAUAUGUAUGGUCUCUAUGGGUGCAAAUGUGUGUGCAUGCUGGUUUAGAAAAUGUAUUUCUAUUUGCAGGUACAUUAUUGUUUCUUCCAUAAAAAUGAAGUUGUGUUA